AUUUCUAUUAUUUUUACAUUAAUGAUAUAUAGCCUACUCAUUCAUUAGCAUUUCAAACUCCUUUCAAAUGAAUGAAUGAAAUUUGAAUAAAAUAUUAAAAGGAUGGAUGAUCAUAGAAAAAUCAAAACGAAAGAAAUUAUUUAUAUUAGCACUAUCAGCGCCUUAGCAUCGUUCAUUGGUUUUAGUUCAGCUUUAGCUUUAACAAAAAGACAAAAUCAAGUAGAUCAAUCGUUAAACGGAGUAAAAUUAGGAUUCAAAGCGCUGGGAAUAGCAUCGAUUAUAACGAUAACAGGCUUUGUCGGUUUCUGUUUUAUCACGUCCAAACUUUUAGAUAUAGACGAUGUAAUAAAACCUUAUCUUAAAAAAAUAUUCCUUAACCUUUUUUUUAGCUUGAAAAAUUAAAGCAAAAAGCACAAAAUUUUCUUCCUAGAGUAUCGAAAACGAAAAACGGAGAUUCAAAUAAUAUAAAAACAUUAUCCGAUUUACUUGAAAAGUAUGAUAUUAAGAAAAAAUAAAAUCAUCUAAAAUUCCGGAGUCUAUAAAACAAUCCUACUUGAAAAUGAAUCAACAAUGUCCUAAAUCUUAUCCUUUGAAUGCCACAAAAUGGAUAAAGGAAGCCUUUCAAUUAGCCGAAACAGCUUUAGAUAAUUUAGAAGUGCCUGUAGGUUGCAUAUUGGUAUAUAAUGAUUCAGAAGUCAUAGGGAUGGGUGGAAAUGAAGUUAAUGUCACCUUAAAUCCUACUAAACAUUGCGAAAUCGUAGCUAUAGAACGAGCUUUGCAAUGGAUUGAGAAAAAAUACAAUGAUGAAUCCAGCAUCGACAUUAAAAACUCAUCGUGUACGAUUAUUGAUAACGAAGUUGGCAUCUUAAAAAUUAGUGAAAAUGAGAAAACCAAUAAUGACAAUAAAUCAAAUAAUUUUUUUUACUCUAGUUUCAUAGCUAAAAUUAUGUCAAAAACUAUUGCUUACGUGACCGUCGAACCUUGUAUUAUGUGCACAGCCGCUCUUAAAAUUAUGACGAUUCCUGCUGUAUUUUAUGGUUGUGAUAACGAACGAUUUGGUGGUUGCGGUUCCGUUCUGCGAGUUAAUACAAAUUCAAUACCUGUGCCUUAUAUCAAUAAAGACCAAUCUUCCUUAAUCUCUUUGAUUUGUAUCGGUGGAAAUAAUUAUUUUACUGAUUUAGAUGAGUCUAAUUUUGGAGCAAACAAUGAAAACAAAGAUUUAGAAAAUAUUGGUGAGCUAAUCGAUCAUGAAUCUUUCUGGAGUUACAACUAUGCGGAAAAGGCUAUAAAAUUAUUGAAACGAUUUUAUGAACAGGAAAAUAUGAAAGCUCCGAAGGAAAUACGAAAAAUAAGCAAAAAGAAAUAGUUAAUGAGAGGCUUCUUUUAUAACCUAUUGUCUAUAAUCAAUAAUAUCAACCGACAAAACUUUCUAAAAUCAAUUUCGAAUAUUAUACUAAUCUCUUACAUUAUAAAUUAAAUUUUAAGCAUUUUAAAUUAUUACGUAAAUAACCUAGAGAAUAAUUUUAAAAUAUUACGUAAAUAACCUAGAGAAUAAUUUAAAUAUAAAAUCGUAAAUACUUGCCAAAUAUUUUUAUAUCUUGAGUGUUGCAAAUUAAAUAUACAAAUAAUAUAUUUUUUUUAAACUGAUUAAAUAUAAAAUUGUAAAUCUGCCAAAUAUUUUUAUACCAUCUUGAAGUGUUACGAAUUUUAAAUAAUAAUUUUUUUAACUUUAUUUUGAAUUUUAUAAAGAUAUAUUAUAUAAGAAUAUAUCUGUUAUAAAUUUUGGCACAGAUAGUAAAUAUUUAUAAUUGCCGAAUAAUUCAUUAAUCGCCAUCAAUUUCAAUAAUCUGGUGAACUACGAGUCGUGCACCCCAGAUAUUCUGGACAAGAUAUCUGAGAACUUUUUAUCAAGAUGACGUGAUUUGUAAUGUUGAAGGAGGAUAACUAAUGUUGGGUAGAUAUAGUGUGUGAGCGCAAUUGGUUCAUGAAUAGUAAAUUUAUUUUGUAAUAACAGUAUAUUCUCAAAAAAGGCAAGGG